AUUUAUAUAGAACUAAAUAGAAUUUCGAUUGUCCGUUAUCAUUAAAACUCUCAACAAUCAAAUUAUAAUUUACGUAAAUAAAAUAAUCUUUUGGCGUCUUAUUGUGUGUUUAACGUUUCCAAUCCUGUUUCAAACUAUAUCGAAUCAAAAAAAAAAAUUCAAAACUAUUUACGGAAAAAAUAUCAAAUAAGAAAAAAAAAAUUCAAAAAGUGUUCAAAAAAUUCAAAAAUUCAAAAAGUUUGAUAACUAUUUAGAUUUUGAUUAGAGUUGCUUUAAAAAUAUCAACAAGAAAUGGCACAACAAGUGGAAUUUCCGCCCCCGUUAUAUACUUUAAAUAAUUUCAAUACAACAUUUCCUAUAAAAUCAUCGACCGAUGAUGUUGAUAAUCCACCAGGAAAUCCAUCAUCAGCACCAUAUUUAGCGUCAACAAUGGCUACAACAACUACAUCAUCAUCCGCAACAGCAAUGGAUGCAAUGAAAAGUGAACGAAAUCGUUUAGAAACAUUUAAACAUCCAAAUUGGAAAUGUUUUAUGGAUGAACGUAAAUUAGCAAAAUCAGGAUUUUAUUAUUUUGGCGUUGAAGAUCAUGUACGAUGUGCUUUUUGUAAAGUUGAAAUUGGUAAAUGGGUACCUGGUGAUGAUUGUGAUAGUGAUCAUCAACGUUGGGGCUUCCAUUGUCCAUUCUUGCGUGGUUUUGAUGUUGGUAAUAUCCCAUUAGAUCCAACAUUACCACAACCCCAAUUACGUAGUCGUGAUGUUUGCGGACGAUUGGGUAUCGAAGUACGACCAAACAGUGUAUCAGAAACAUUUAAUAAUAUUGAUGUGCAACCGGUUCAAGAAGGUGGUGCAACUGUGAACUUAAAAGAUAUUGGUAUGAAUACCCAUAAUGGUCCCAAAUAUAAGCGUUAUUGUACCGAAGAAUCACGGAUAGCAACCUUUAAAGAAUGGCCACGUGUUAUGAAACAAAAACCAGCUGAACUAGCAGAAGCUGGCUUCUUCUAUACAGGUCGUGGUGAUCAAACGACUUGUUUCCAUUGUGGUUUAGGUUUAAAAGAUUGGGAAGAGAAUGAUGAUCCUUGGGAACAACAUGCGAGAUGGUUCUCAAAAUGUACACAUGUUUUAUUAAAUAAGGGUCAAGAAUUCGUGCAACAAAUUGUUAGUAAACAACCACCGAUUUUAAAUCGUGAAAAUGCAAUUGAACUCUUAAAAAAUUGUAACUCAUCAACAACAGAACCAGCUUCAACAUCAUCUACAGCAUCCACAUCAUCCUCUUCAGAAGCAUCAACCUCAAUAGUUCCAAGUGAUGAAGAAAAAUCAUCUGCUACAUCAACUGUAGCAACCACUAUUGAAUCCAAAAGUGAAAAAAGUCCAUCGUCAGGUGAUGAAGGCUGUUUAUGCCAAAUUUGUUAUUUAGAAAGAUGGAAUGUUUUAUUUUUACCAUGUAAACAUGCGUUAGCCUGUAAAAAAUGUGCACCAUUAUUAACAAAUUGUCCAUUAUGUCGGGAACAAAUAUCAGCCACAUUAAGGAUAUACCCUUCAUGUAACCAUGAUCAUCGGGAUACAUCCUAAAUUUUUAUUUCAAUAUGUUUUUUUAUUUUACUUUUCUUGGAAAAAAAACAUAUUUUUCUAGUCAGGAAACUAUUUUAUUUUUCAAAAUUACUCAGUUAAUAUUGUUCUUUAAAAAAUUUUAUUUUGGACAAAUUUAUUAAAAAUUAAUUGUAUUUUUUUUAAUUAGAAAAGGGAUGAACCCAAUAUGAGGACAAUUUGUUAAUUUUGAAACAAAAUACGGAAGAUCGUGUUCGGCCAUGCGUUUCUGUAAAUUAUUCAGUGGCGAAUAAAUAAUAGUUUCUAUUCAAACUGUGACAAUUAUACAAGGAUAUUAAAAAAAAAGGAUUUGUCAAAUGUUUAAAAAAAAAACUUAGUUCCUAAUAGAACCCCUUCUAAAACAUACGAUCCAAAAUGUCCUAAAUUUUUGUAAACCAUCAAUUAUAGAAUAGAAUCUCUCACUUUUUUUUUUGUUAAUUUUUUUUUGCACUGUGCUAAUAAGACAUGGCUUACAUAUUUAAAAAUUAAAGCAUUCUACAAUUUUUUUUUUGAGUGAUUUUUAGAAAACGUAAACAUCAUUGCUUAAAAAAAAUACUCAUUGAGCUAGCUACACAGUAAUUUCGUAUCUUUGGCACUAAGAAAUGUGCUCAUCGACGAAAAAAAUGUUAUAAAACUCGUCUAAAAAUCACUUUAUAAAAAAAAUCUAUAAAAAUCGUAUAUUAUAAUAACUUAUUCCAUUUUAUAUAUAUUAUUGUUAACUGUUAAAAUCAAAAAAAUAUCCCCACCUCUUUUUUAGUAAUUAAGUUGUUCAAUUUGUGAAAAGAAAAUGUUAAACAGUAAAAAAAUGAAAAACUAAUAUAGAUAUAUUUUUAUAUUGAGCAACAGUUUUUUGAAUUAAAAAAAAUAUUAGUCUUUAAAAAAAAUGAUUAAAAAAUUUACGUCGUUGCUAUAAUCAGCCCCCUCUUUACUCUCAGGAUGUUUAUAUUCAAUCGACUAGAACGUGAACAUAACUCAAAAUCAAUGACAUGUACAACUUGAGGAUUCAAUUAAAUAAAUGAUUUUUUUUUUGCGUUUAGAAAGUAUGUUAUUUAAUUUAAUCCAAACGUCAUGAUUAAAUGGCGCCUUACAUGUUGGGCGAGUUAAAAGGGAACGUACACCCAUUAAAAACCCCGCAC